CAUAUGGAGGCGGUUUUGACAACAACAAUCAGUUUUACUUUAGUUGAUUGUUUACUAUUUUAAGAUGAUCGUAAUUACUUAUCAAUCAUAUUAAUCAAUGGUUCCAAUUACAAUCUAAAUGUCAUCUAUUCCCUUGAUCAUCUGAUUCUCUUUGUUGUCUAUUGAUCAUUUUUCAUUCUGUUUUCCAUUUUCCAUUUUUACCUGUGAUAAACUGGUCAUCUGAUUUUCCAUUGAUUUCAGUGUUUCUUUUUUUUCUCUCGCUCUCUUUUUCUUAAUUAAAUCAUUUGUUUAGUUUUCAAUUUGAUUUUGGAAAUUUUGAUUGUUCAAUUAUUGAUUUGUGAUUUGAAAGUGUUGCUGUUGAGGUUUUAUUGAGAGAAAUUGGAAAAGUCAUCAUCUCUCUAUCAUCGGUUUUCUUUUUGUUUACAUUCAAAGUGAAAUUGUGACUUGUAUUUUUUUGUUAAGCUUUUCGCUUUUGUUUUGAUCGUUUAAUUGGCCUCCAUUGAAAAUGAGUGAAAUCAAUACAGAUUCUGGUGGAAGGUUACUUAAAUUUGAUGUUAGAGAAGAUGAAGAACAAUAUCAAAAAUUUCAAGAGAUUAUUCAAAUUCUCAUUGCUGCCGGUUACUUUCGUGCUCGGAUAAAAGGAUUGACAGAUUUUGAUAAGGUUAUCGGUGGAAUGACCUGGUGUAUAAUAAUGUGUAGUGUCGAUAUUGAUAUUGAUCUGAUGUACAGUGAAAAUCUCACGAUUGGACAGAAAAUAUCAUUAACUGAGAAAAUUGUUACAUCGUUAAAACGGAUGAAAUGCCCUUUCGCCCUGGAGCCUCAUCAGAUCCAAGGGAUGGACAGUAAACACAUUUUCCCAGUCGUUCAAUGGUUGGUUAAAAUGUCUAUUCAAUAUCGCCAGGAAAAUGAAGUUUAUAUGAAAAACUUUGCUGUCCGAAUGUUCAACAAAGAUCACAAUUUACCCAUUGAUCAACAACGAUUUUCUGAAAGCAACAAGUUAAAACAAGAGUUUAUCCAUUCUGAUCCUGAUACAUCACCAGUGAGAAAAUAUCGUCAUCCUAAUAAGUCAAAAAUCAACGAUCUCAAGACCAAUGUUAAAAUAACCAUAUUAGAGUACAAAGGAUUAGCUGAUACUGUCAAUGAAUCAACUAAUACUGAGAAAUCAUCUUCCCCUGAAUCAGUUGAACAUGCGGAAACUAUUUCACUGAUUGACGAUAUGAAACAAGAUAUUAAUUUUAAACUAAGUUCUUCGAUCGUUGGUUCGAUAAUGAGUGAAAAAUAUGAGGAAUUGAAACAAAUCGCUGAAGAUUUCACAAGGAAUCAAUUGAAAUUGGCUGAAAAUUCACUUGAAUACCGAGAGAAAGUAUUACGAGAAACUCUUAAUGAUUAUAACAAUCGAAUCUCUGAGGCUAAAAGUGCGCAAGAGAAUAACAAUAAUCGACUUGAAGCGUUAAGAAUGGAAAUCGACAGUAUUAAAAAUGACCUGAAACAGUUUAGCUUACAAAUUCGGGCCAUGGAAGAAAAUGAACGUGAAGAAAGAAAAAAUCUUUCCCUUGAAUUGGAUAAAUUGAAAAGAGAAAAAGACAAUUUCCAUCAGAAUUGUAAACAAGAAAAGAAACGACUUGAGAAAGAAUAUGAAACUUUAUCUAAUCAACUAUCGGAAAGUGGAGAUGAGGAUGAAAUUGAGAAACAAUUAGAAGCUGAACGAAGUAAAUUUCGUAAAAUUGCUCUAAAAUUAGCUGAAAAGAUUAAAGAAGUGUCCUUAUUACAUCGUAAACUUGACGAUAUCCCUUCAAGAGCUGAGCUCAACCAAUAUCAAAAGCGUCUUGUUGAGCUAUACAAUCAAGUUGCUGCCAAACACAAUGAAAAAAAGUUUUACAUUCUCUAUAAUCAACUGGAAGACACUCGAGUUCAUCUUGACAAGGAGUUGGCGUUAUUAGAUUCAAUUCUCACGAAUUUCAAUCUAGCGAAUACAAAUCUAGCAGCAAGAGAGCAAUUUUUGUCCCAAUUCGAGCAAAUUGUCGAGAAUAUCAACUUGGCCAAAGUUAAAGUGGAAAGAAAAGUAAUCGAGAAGAGGAAAAAAGAUCAAUUAAAUGAAGUUUAUGUUGAUUUAAUUGAAAAACAACGACAAUAUUAUCGAGCUGUUAGUCAAUUAAAAGAGGAGAUGAAGAAAAAUGAAUCGCUAAUCAAUUCAAACAACAAUUAACUCAAUCAUUUUGGUAGGAAAAUUUUUAUUCUAAUACAAUAUUGAUUGACCAAGCUCAUUUAUUAAAGGUAAAUUGAUUCUCUAAUAAAAAUAAUUAAUAAGCUCUCAAUGUGAUGAGAAAAUUAUCAAUAUCAAA